GAGUGAAAACUGAAUUCAGAGUUGUCAGGCUGGAAAAGAUGUGAGACUCCAUCUUGCCAGUCCCCGGUUUUUUGACACAGGCAGAUGUAAAGCCUGAAAGAGUAGGUGGAGCCACUCUUCCUCAUUAGAGUAAACAGAUUCAACUCAAUUAUAAAUAGAAAAAAAUAUGUGCCCUCCGCCAUUGAGAGUUGCAGAGACUGACGACUACCUGGAGACCUCGGGUGCGGCGGUGAGCAGUGUUGCAGCAUGAGUUCCAAGCCACAGUCCAUAGGGGUCAUUGGAGCUCCUUUCUCAAAGGGCCAGCCACGAGGAGGGGUGGAAGAAGGCCCUACAGUACUGAGAAAGGCUGGUCUGCUUGAGAAACUUAAAGAACUAGAGUGUGAUGUGAAAGAUUACGGGGACCUGUCCUUUGCCGAUAACCUUGAUGACAGUCCCUUUCAAAUGGUGAAGAAUCCAAGGUGUGUGGGAAAAGCAAAUGAAAAGCUGGCUGAUGUGGUGGCGGAAGUCAAGAAGACUGGAAGGAUCAGCCUUGUCCUGGGCGGAGACCACAGUAUGGCGAUUGGUAGCAUCUCUGGCCAUGCCAGGGUCCACCCAGAUCUCUGUGUCAUUUGGGUGGAUGCUCACACUGACAUCAAUACUCCACUGACAACCGCAAGUGGGAACUUGCAUGGACAACCUGUGUCUUUCCUUCUGAAGGAACUAAAGGAAAAGAUGCCCGAGGUCCCAGGAUUCCACUGGUUGGCUCCCUGCAUAUCUGCCAAAGACAUUGUGUAUAUUGGUCUGAGAGAUGUGGACCCUGGGGAACACUAUAUUUUGAAAACUCUGGGAAUUAAAUACUUUUCAAUGACUGAAGUGGAUAAACUGGGAAUUGGCAAGGUGAUGGAAGAAACAUUCAGCUAUCUACUAGGAAGAAAGAAAAGGCCAAUUCAUUUGAGCUUUGAUGUUGAUGGACUGGACCCGUCUUUCACGCCAGCUACUGGCACACCAGUCCAGGGAGGUCUGACUUACAGAGAAGGUCUCUACAUCACAGAAGAAAUUUACAAAACAGGUUUACUCUCAGGAUUAGAUAUAAUGGAAGUGAAUCCAUCUCUGGGGAAGACACCAGAAGAAGUGACUCGAACAGUGAACACAACAGUAGCAAUAACCAUGGCUUGCUUUGGGGUUGCUCGAGAGGGUAACCACAAACCUAUUGAUUACCUUAGACCACCAAAGUAAACACGGAAUCAUCAUAUAAAAAAACUCACAGCUAAAUGACAUAAUUAGCAAAUCUAAUAGUUUAAAGUUAGUUAUCGUCCCAAAGAUUUGGUCUUUCAGGAAAAUCUUUUGCCUUGGUAAAUAUUAGUACAAUUAGUAUAAACUGUAUCUAUUCCCUCUUGGUGUGAAAUUCAAGAUAUGGAAAUGUUAACUUUUGUGAAAUUAAAAAGUUUAUAUUCCCAUUUUGGCAGAAGACUUAUCCUUAAAGAAACAUACAUUCAUAUCGAAAUAAAAAUUUGCUGGCAUUAAAAAUAAACUUUUAUCAGCCCCCACAUGUAUAGUGGGACUCCUGAUAAUCAGGAGAUAAAGCUACCCAACCUGAAAAGGGACCAUAUUUCCAUGUUGUUCAAAGCUGUAAUGCCUAGAAACUGCUCUCCUCUAUCUCUUUGUAAGAUUCUGUCAUCCCUAUACAAGUUUCUAAAUACAGGCAACACACAGAUACUGACACACACACACCCUGCUUAAGACUACCAUAAAUACUUCAAAAACCACUGUGAAAUUAUUAUCUCCAAAACACUGUAAGACCUUGGUUAAGUUAUUUAAACUCUUUUGCUCUGGUUCCCUCAUCUGUAAAAUGGAUUAUUAUAGGGUUUGGGCAAUCUCUAAGUUCACUGAUGUUAGAUGACCAUGUUUCACUUUUUUUAAACCUCAAGCAUGAUAUUGGUUAAUAUCAUGUUAAGCAUGGCUGCUAUUCAGAUAGUCUUUUGGGAAACAGAGGAAAGAAAUAAAUAUUUUUGUUUCUAAGAUAUGCUAAUUUAGGUUGCGAUUUCACUGAAAAUUACCUGUGGCUUCCAAAUGCUCCACCUUUCACUUAUUUCAGUUGGUAAAGAAUCUGCCUGCAAUACAGGAGACCUGGCUUUGAUCCCUGGGUCAGGAAGAGCCCCUGGAGAAGAGAAUGACAACCCACUCCAGUAUUCUUGCCUGGAGAAUUCCAUGGAUAGAGAAGCCUGGCAGGCUACAGUCCAAGGGGUUCCAAAGAGUCAGACACAACUGAGCAACUAACACUUUCCCAAGUUUCCAAAUGCCCCACCUUUCACUCAUUGCAGUUAAGAGUGUACUCACUGGCUGAACUCCUGAACAUCCUAAAAACUCAUCUCAGCUCUAUUAUAUAGUGAAGGAAGUGGAAAAGUAAGUGAAAAUAAACUAGAAUCAAAAUAAGGGAAGUGAACUCUUUCCCUUUCCUCCAACUUACAUGGAACUCAAAGUGGAGUCUGUAAUGAAGCAGGCUCCAUGAAAGAAUUUUUACUGUUUUUCUUUCUAAAAAAAAAUUAUUUUUUUUAAUUGAAAGAUAAUUGCUUUACAGAAUUUUGCUGUUUCCUGUCAAACCUCAACAUGAAUCAGCCAUAGGUAUAUAUAUAAUAUAUAUAUAUAUCCCCUCCCUUUUGUUAUUCUUGUUAUAACAGCUUUAUAUGUUAAAGAGCCUCUACCAUCUGAUUGUUUACCUGCAAUACAGAAUUUUAAACCUGU